CUUCUUUUGUUAUAUUUAACAGAACUUUAAAACAUUUGGGCUCAGUAUGGAUCCUUACCGUACUCCAAUACCACGUAAAAGAGUGGGCUAAAGAAAUGCUGGAGAAAAGCUGGCCUGAGCCAGCAAAUAGUAUCCUUGUUACAACUACCAUCUAAUCGGAAUAUGACUAAGGAUACAGAAUGGGAUACAAUCAAGACAGAACUUAAUUCCUCAAAUCGGCCAGUUCAAAAAUCUUCCAUAUUUCUCUCAACUUUUCGAAAUAUCUGCUGCACUACAAGAUUAAUGAUUAAAUGGCGUGAAAUAAAAGGAAAUAGUUUCAUCACAACAUUCUUAAAAUUGGCAUGCUUUGUGAUUUUACUUUCAACCAUUUUGAACACGGCGGAUGGAUUCAAGACUUUGGAUUAUGAAAUAUCGGAUCGAGGAAGAACUGUUCGGAUGCAGUUCUCUAACACAGAUUUUGCCAUCUACAAAGUUUCAGUUGCUAGGUCUGUACAAAAAAGAAAUGGAGGUCUGAGCCUACUUCAGCUCAAGGUUUACGAGUCCGGUACAGAACCAAAUCCAGUUGUGUUGAAGGAUGGAAUAUUGGUUGAUAUUGCUGAUCAGUUAGAAACUAGACCACCAUUAGUAUUAGCAACAAGAGCACCAACUACUAGUACUGAUUCAAAUCUACCAAAUGUUGAUAAACCUCUACCCAACACAGAAACAAUAGCAUCAACUUUAGGCUCAAGUACUGAUUCCAUUUCAAAAAGUUCAACCCCUAGCAUAGAGACCUCAAGAGUGGAAAUUGAAAGUACUGAUGUCAACGAAAUAUUCACACAACCUGUUACAGAGCCUUUGACAGCAAAGGUUGGAACAACAACAAUGACAAAUCAAAUAACAACCAGUCAAGAAAAUAUAGGUUCAACAGUUAAUGUCAAUUCAGAAACUACAUCUAAGAACAACGAUAUAGUAAGCUCAACAGCAUCUCAAGAUCCUUCAUUAGGCGCUACAGUGAUUACAACCAAAGAAACCUCUACUGUAGAAUCAACUGAAUCAAAUACAGAAACAUCUACUAAAACUGCUAUUACAACAACUUCAGAAAAUUUCAUUGAGAGCACUACUGCACAAGUUACAGAUAUAAGUAGUGAAGCAACAUCAACUGCAACAAAUGACAAAACAUCUACCAAAGAUACUGUAGCAACAACUUCAGUUAUCUAUACUGAAAAUACUUCUGCACAAGUUACUGAUAUAAGUACUGAAAAGCCAUCAAUUGAACCUAAUGCAGAAACUUCUACAAAAGGAACCAUUGCAACAACUUCUAAUUCUAUUGAAAGUACUUUUGCACAAGUUACAGAUAUGAGUACUGAAAAAUCAUCAACUGAACAAAAUGCAAAAACAUCUACCAAAGGUGCCAUUGCAACAACUUCUAAUUCUAUUGAAAGUACUUCUGAACAACGUACAGAUAUAAGUACUGAAAAUUCAUUAACUGAAGCAAACACAGAAACAUCUACCAAAGGUACCAUUGCAACAACUUCUAAUUCCAUUGAAAGUACUUCUGCACAAGUUACAGAUAUGAGUACUGAAAAAUCAUCAACUGAACAAAAUGCAGAAACAUCUACAAAAGGUAUCAUUGCAACAACUUCUAAUUCUAUUGAAAGUACUUCGGCACAAGCUACAGAUAUGAGUACUGAAAAAUCAUCAACUGAACAAAAUGCAGAAACAUAUACAAAAGGUAUCAUUGCAACAACUUCUAAUUCUAUUGAAAGUACUUCUGCACAAGCUACAGAUAUGAGUACUGAAAAAUCAUCAACUGAAGUGAACACAAAAACAUCUACCAAAGGUACCAUUGCAACAAAUUCUAAUUCUAUUGAAAAUACUACUUCACAAGUUACAGAUAUGAGUACUGAAAAAUCAUCAACUGAACAAAAUUCAGAAACAUCUGACAAAGGUACCAUUGCAACAACUUCUAAUUCCAUUAAAAGUACUUCUGCAAAAGCUACAGAUACGAGUACUGAAAAAUCAUCAACUAACCCAAAUGAUGAAACUUCUUCCAAAGAUACAAUAGCAUCAACUUUAGCUAAUUCAGCUGAAAGUAUUUCUGCACAAGGUACAAAUAUGAGUACUAAAAAAUCAUCAACUGAAUCGAACACAGAUAUAUCUACCAAACGUAUCAUUGCAACAACUUCUAAUUCUAUUGAAAGUACUUCUGCACAAGUAACAGAUAUAAGUACUGAAAAAUUAUCAACUAUACCAAAUGAUGAAACUUCAUCAACUGAACAAAAUUCUGAAAUUUCUACCAAAGGUACCAUUGAAAGCACUUCUGCACAAGCUACUGAUACAAGUACUGAAAAAUCAUCAACUGAACAAAAUGCAGAAAUUUCUAAAAAAGGUACCAUUGAAACAAGUUCCAAUUCUACUGAAAGUACUACUGCACAAGGUACAGAUAUUAGUACUGAAAAAUCAUCAACUGAACAAAACACAGAAACAUCUAUCAAAGGUACCAUUGCAACAACUUCUAAUUAUAUUGAAAGUACUUCUGCACAAGCUACAGAUAUGAGUACUGAAAAAUCAUCAACUGAACAAAACACAAAAACAUCUACCAAAGGUACCAUUGCAACAACUUCUAAUUCUAUUGAAAGUACUUCUGCACAAGCUACAGAUAUAAGUACUGAAAAAUCAUCUACUGAACAAAAUGAUGAAACAUCUAAGGAAACCAUUGCGACAACUUCUAAUUCUAUUGAAAUCACACAAGCGACAGACAUAAAAAGUGAAAAAUCAUCAACUGAACAAAAUGCAAAAACACCUACCAAAGGUACCAUUGCAACAAUUUCUACUUUUAUUGAAAGCACUACUGCACAAGCUACAGAUACAAGUACUGAAAAAUCAUCAACUGAACCAAAUGUAGAAACAUCAACCAAAGGUGCCAUUACAACAACUUCAGCUAUUUCUACUGAAAGUACUUCUGCACAAGUAACAGAUUUAAGUACUGAAAAGUCAUCAACUUUACCAAAUGUAGAAACAUCUACCAAAGGUACCAUUGCAACAAAUUCAGCUAUGUCUUUUGAAAGUACUUCUGCACAAGCUACAGAUAUAAGUAGUGAAAAAUCAUCAACUGAACCAAAUGCAGAAACAACUACAAAAAUUACUAUUGCAACAACUUCACUAAAUUUUAUUGAGAGCCCUACUUUACAAGUUACAGAAAAAUCAUCACCUGAACCAAAUGCAGAAACUGCAACAAAUUACGAAACUACAACCAAAGAUACUUCUACUAAAUUUUCUUAUGAUGGAUCAACUUCAGCUGAUAAUAUAAUAAUAUCUGAAAAAUCUAUAGAAACAACCAGUAAAAGUACAGCCACUGUGUUAUCUUUUGAAGAGGAUGUUUUAAAUACUGAUGAAUUUGUUUCUAUUACUACAACAGCGUCUAGUGAACCAAUCACUACAAUAUCUACUAUUACCGCUAAAGACUCAUCUAAAUCGCCCCCGUUUUCUGUUGAUAUUACUAGUGGAACUCCUGAAUUAUCCACAGAUUCUGAUGACAGAUCAUCAUCAGCUACAGCAGUAUCUAUUCAUGAUAAAUCUUCUGUACCACUGAUAGGUAAAUUAUUAAUAUUUGAUGCUACUACAGUAGCACACUCUGAAAUUUCAACAUCUACUAUUUCUUCUUUAACUGAAACAUUAAUCUGGACCAGUACAAAAGACGAUGCUUUUACUAAUCUUGGUGGUUCUUCUACAACAACAACAUCAUUUACAUCUACACCAUGUAUUUGCCCAAGUACAUCUUCCACAACCACCACAACAACUAUACAAAUUACUUAUACAUCAACAUCAACAACUGGAUGGACAACUACGAAUGGUGGUUGUAUUUGUAAUGGAGAUGCAUCUUUUGAAAUAGAGGUUGAAACCUCAACAUCUCUUCCUCUCAGCUCAAACACAGGACGAAGAUUAAGAAGAGAACUGCUGGAGAUGGAACGUAAACAAAGCAAAUCUAAAUUUGAUUCAAAACUUUUAAAAAACAUUCCAUUUUUACAAACAUAUUACUGAUUUUUAAAAGUGUACUAUUAUAUAUUUAAACACUGAUUGCCAAUUCUAAAAAAAGGAAGCCAGAUUAAAGGAGAUUAGUUGAAAAAUGUUGUUACUCAUGGAUGUCUGUUUAUACAUAGUUAUGUCGUAGAAUUGUAUUAUUUUUGUUUUUAAAAUCAUGUAAAAAUAUAGAUUUAAGGGAACUGCUAA